CAGGGACUUCGUCGGCGCUUGGUCAGCUGUUCGACCACGGGUGUGAUGCCUUCAAUGUAACCAUCAGCUCAGUCACAAUGGCGGCAAUGAUGCAGAUGAGCGUUCUAUGGGCGACGAUCUUUAUACUGUGUGCGCAGCUUAACUUCUACAUCGCCACGUGGGACGAGUACCACACCCACGAGAUGUAUUUGCCCAAGAUCAACGGGGCCGAUGAGGGCCUGGUACUCACUGUACUGCUGUACAUGCUUACCGCCUUUGUUUUACCCCGUGGCGUCUGGCUGAUGGAAGUCUACACCGUGCCGCUCAAUGUAUGGUUCACGAUAGUGUCGCUGCUGUCGGCGCUCUUUACGGCCAACAUGUUUGUGGGCCGAGUGCGUGACCACAGCAGAGAGAAAGGAUGGCCACUCGAGAGAGCGUGGUGGAAGCUACUACCCUUCGGCAUCACUGUAUCACAGACUGUCUACUGGUUACUGGUGGUCACCGCAGCCACAAACGCAUUCGAUUAUGCGGUGUUUGAGGUGUUGCUGUGCUGCGCGUUCUGCUUCGGCCAGUUCACGUCGCGGCUCAUCGUCGCGCACGUGUGUGGGAUGCACUUCAAGGCCUGGCAACCGGCGCUUUGGGUUCCCAUGAUCCCCAUCACCGCCCAUAUUUUGACCGCUGUGCUGGAUGUGACCGUGGUACCUCCCUCCACCGUGCUACACAUCACCUUGUGCAUCUCUGGCCUUAUGUGGCUGCACUAUGCGUACGUGUGCAUCAAUGCCAUCAGCUCGAGUCUGGGUAUCCGGAGGUUCAACAUAGAGACAAGACAUGUCCCAGAGGUUAGUGGGGUUCUACCGGAGAGGUGACAUACCCUGAAGACCUAAUUCGACAUACUGAAGACCUAAUUCACUUCACCUAGUACUUCAAUAAUUUAGCAUAAUUAGGACGCAAUUGCCCAAAUGGAGGCAGCCGGAAUGAGGUUUUCAUUAAAAAGCCCAAAGCAAUUGUUCAAUUAUUUGG